AUGAUUAUUUUGAUUUUGGUGGCCUUUCUCAAUAUAUGCAAUGGCCAACUUAAAUGCAAGGACUCACACAAUUUAACUGUCUAAAUGGAACUCACAAUCUUGAUCCCUAACUACGACUGUAUUCUCAAUACUACUGAAGAAGCCUUGGUUAAUAUGACAUCGUAGAAUGCAAGUUUAGUUAUCACAGGAGAAAAGCUGCAACUUAAUGAGAAUGUCCACUUUGAAGGAUUCUCUGCUGUCCAAUUUUUGGAGUUAGAAGUAAACACAAAUACACAUUCAUUAAUCUCCGAUUCUCCAAUCUUAUUGAAGAAGGUCACACUUCUGAAGCACUGUCGUUUCCUUGCUACACACAUCAAAAUUGAAAAUAGCACGAUUACUUAGAACGUGUUCAGAAAUAGACAAAUGUUUUCUUCGCCCGUUGUGAUUAACGGGUUAUUCAUCAAGGACUCCUCCCUCUUCCAAAGUUCAAUCACUAAUCAUUACUUAGAACUAUAAAACCUUUUUCUGGAAUCAGUCCACAUUAUUAACUCAACGUUAGGAAGUGUAGAUUGCAUUAAUUAAAUUGCCAUUUAAAAUUCAUUUAUAGCAUCUAGUGAAUUUUUAAACUGCAACAUAAUUUAAGAAUUCUAAUUGUAUAACACCUUUAUCAUAUUGUCCACCUUGAUAAGAGCAUCAGGAAGUGUCCAUAUUUCUAUUAGAAAUGUCUCACUUAGCAAGGCCACUUUGUUUAUAUUGGAUAAUGAAAAUUAAGUCCAAAUGAAAAACAUCAAUUUUUCAGAAAUAACCUCCGAUACCUCAUUAAUUACUGUCAACAGUCCCUACCUUAACAUAACCAAUAUGAUGAAUUAUCAAUUGAAAGUCUAAUCGAUAUUUUAAAUAAGUAGCACUGACAUGUUUGUUAAGAACAUAACUUGUCAGAAACUAGAUGGAAGUAUAUUACUGUCAAAUUAAAGUUAAGAUCUAACACUCUUAAUUAAUCAAUUUAAUUUGAUAGAGAGUACUUCUAAAAGAUUAUUUGACAUGAGUGGGUCUUUUCAAAUUCGAACUGGGAUAUUCAAAUAAAAUAACUGUUCAUUAAUAAAUAGCUUAAUAAUUCAUGAGGUCUGGAUCGAUUCAAUGAUAUUUCAAGAUCUCAACAAUUAGCUAAUAUUAUCGGUUUCUGAUUCUAAUACUCUUCAUUUGACAAAUUUAACAAUCACAUCUUGUGAACAAAUUAUGUUUGCCAAAUUUAACACUGUCAUUAGUGUAAGUCUACAGAAUAUUAAAUUGAGUAAUUGUAAGGAAUGUAAUUUUUUAGUUUUAAAUCAAACAAACACAUUUAUUAAAGACAUCACUAUAUUGGAUGUCUAGAAUUUCUUUAGUACUUUAAUAUUCUCUUGGAAUACCAAUAUUGUAUUGAAAAGACUAAACCUUAGAAAUAUAUAUUCUAAUGCUCAAUAAAUCGUCACCUUGUUUGAAAGCGAAGUGAUUGAACUAUCGAAUUUAAUAGUGAACAAUGUAGAUUGUCAAUAUUGUUAAGGAAUUAUUAAAAUUUCUAAUUUCCAUUCAGCUCAAAUUUUAAAAUCUAGUUUCUCAAAUUUAUCCACAUCUUAGGGAACAUUGAAUAUUGAAAACACAACUAACUUCACAGCAAUAAACAACCAAUUUAUUAAUAUAACUGCUAUUGAUGGAUCUAGUUUUUACAUUUUCAAUUCCUCCAUCAAAAUAUUGCAAAAUGAAUUCAUCAAUUUAGCUGCCAAAUCAAAAGGAGGAGCCGUUUAUCAUAUUCAAGCAUAUAAUACAACUUACUAUAUUGAAAACAAUAGUGUUUCAAAUGUUACAUCCACAAAAGGACAACUCACAUACUUAGUUACAGAAUCAAUAACAGCAUAAGUUACUGAUUUCUAUAUAGAUGGACCUGUGUUCUUUGAGAUUUUUAAUUAGACCUACAGUCUUAAUAGUCUUAUAAGAAAAUAGGUGUUCUUAUCUUUUCAGAAUUUUAAAAGCGGAAAGGAAAUUAAAUUUAAUAUAAGUAUUUUGGACAGUGACAAAAAUAAAUUGUGUAAAUUCCAAGAGAACAUCUAUUUAAACAAUUAUUCAUACCAUUUUGAUUAGUAUAGAUGCAAUUAUGAAAUUACAUACUUGUAUUAUCAACAAGAACCUCAAGAUGAAUAACUUGUAAUAAUAAUUCUGUUGGAAUAAUUGAAAUUAUAUAAUAACAACCCAUUUUCUCUUUAAGUUUUACUGAACUUCACUUAAUGUGAAAUUGGAGAAUAAUGGAUACGUAAUUCAUGUCAAAAAUGCAUCUAUGGAACAUAUAGUUUCGACACCUAGGCUCCCUGCAUACAAUGUUUACCAUAAGCUUAAUCUUGUUUAGGAGGAGCCGAGAUAGACAUAAAACCAGGAUAUUGGAGACCACAUAAUCUAACAGCCAGCAUUGAGCGAUGUAAGCCCUAAUUAUCAGUGUGUUUGGGUGGCAAAAAUAAUUUUACUUGUGGUGAAGGGUAUUUAGGAGCAAUUUGUUAAGAUUGUGAUUAUUACUCGAUUAGAUGGGAGAAAUCGUAUGCUAGAAGUCUCUCCAAUUAUUGUGCCGAGUGCCAAUUCAAUUUGAUCGAUCAAAUUAAACCAAUUCUAGCAUUCUUGUGGAUUUCAAGUGUCCUCUAUUUCUCUGUUUGUGGAGCCUUGAAGAUGGCUAGGGCUUAAUUGGUUGGACGUUAUCUUAGACUUAUUGGAUUGCACUUUGGCACCAGAUCGUCUAUGACUAUAGAUCAAACUGAAGUGUUGCUCAAAAUGAUUUCUACUUACUUUCAGUUGCUCUCCAUUCUAUUAGUUCUUAAUAUCAAGAUACCCCAGCCAUUUCAAUUUCUAUCUCAAAUCAUUGGAAACCCUCUUCAAACCUUUGGAUUUCAGAUUGAAUGCUUACUCAUUAAAAUGCAAUUCUAAAUUGAAAUCGUGUACCUCAAGUAAAUAUGGAACCUAAUUACUUCAAUCAUCUUUGUAUCUCUUUUUAUUUUCACUUAUUUCAUCUAAUCUCUUUGCAAACAUUUGGAAAACUCAAUCCAAACGAUGUUCAUAAAUAGUUUGAUUCAGGUUCUGUUUUAUUUCUAAGGGGAUUUGAUUGAAGGCUUGUUUGAAAUCCUCUUUUGUAUCAAGGCAUCCGGAUAAUAUUAUAUAUAGGCAUCCACCCAAUAUAUAUGUUAUACCCCUGAACAUCAAAUUUACAUAAGAGCCUACAUAAUACCUGUUUUAUUGACUAUUGGGUUAUUCAAGCCUUUGUUUUACUUCAUUAAGCUUAAUAGAAAUAAGAGCAAACUGUGGACUUGUUAAAUUCGAUUGCCAUACGGCUACCUGUUUAUAGAGUACAAGAAUCAAUACUACUAUUGGGAAUUCGUUCGAUUUAUAGUUAAAUCAUUGUUUUACAUCCUUUCUACAUUGCUGAUUCAAGAUUUCAAAUUAUUAUUCCUGUUCGUCAUUUUGGUUUUACUCUGUUAUUUAGAGUUACUCAACAGGACCCAACCAUAUUUAGAGUAUAAGUUCAAUGUUUUAGAUAAAGUUUCAACUUAAUUAGAAAUUGUCAGUUUAAUAUUAGCUUACAUUUAGGAUGAUAACAAUAAUUAAUACAUAGUAGACAUUACCAACAUUUUAAUAUCCAUAAUUAACCUGAUUUUCAUUCUCUAUUUCAUUUAUAAAAUCCUAAUAGAGUUGAGUUUAGAAUAUAAGAAGAAGAUCUAAGAGAAAUUGAUUGCUCUGAUUGAAAGGUAUCCUUGGUUGGGUAAAUGUAUCAAGAAACCAGUUCCUUCGACGAUGCCAGCGCGUAUCAAUUAUUUAUGGAAGAAGGCCAGAAUGCAUGUUUAUAAUUUUAUUUCUCAAAUUGGAAGUACUUCCGAUACGAAAAGUCAAUCGUCAACUGUUUAUCGUAGCCUUGAUGUUAGUUAACCGAAAUUGCUUUUCACUCUUAAACCGCAACUCAUGAAAUACUUGUAAUGUCCCCAUUCUCAUUUGCCAAAUUAAGGUUAAUAAUUAGAAAUUUCACAAUAGUCUAGCUAAAAUGUCUCUGUAAAUUAGAGUUAGAUUUUGGAGAAACCCUCAUAAAUUACUGAUUAGUCGCUUAUUUAGCAUAAGCAAGAGUAAAAUAACAAAGAUGAAGAAAGUUCCUAAUUGCAAAGGUAGGCCUCUAAUAAAAACAUAAAGAAAACCACAUCUGUUUUAAUUUAACCAAAACUUAAAGUUAAAGUGAUAAAAAAACAACGAAUUUGA